AUGGCUGUUUUAAAAUUGGAGGCGUAUUCCAAAGAACGUGAUGCGCUGAAAAGUGAAGUAAAGAACAUGCUUGUGUUUGCAGCAAGCGGCAAAAUGACAGAAGAACUUAUAUUAAUUAACACCAUUGAACGCUUAGGUGUUGCGUACAAUUUUCAGGAAUAUAUUGAAGAAAGGCUGGUGGAUUUGUGUAAGAACUGCUUCGAAACUGACCAACAUCAUGAUCUUUUCACUACAUCUACUUGCUUUAGGAUUUUCAGACAACAUGGCUAUAACAUCACUUCUGAUAUAUUUAGCAAAUUCAAAAUUGAGGGGAAAUUUGAUGAAGCUAUUAGCAAAGACCAGAUGAGUACACUGAGCUUGUUUGAAGCAGCACAAUUAAGAAUAACUGAAGAAGCCAUCUUAGAUGAAGCCCUUGCUUUCACAACUUCUCACCUCAAUGCAAUGGCUAAAAGUAGUAACUUGGAGUCGGGAUUACUAAGUAGGCAAAUCAUGCAUGCCUUAGAGCAGCCCCUCCACAAGGGCCUUCCAAGAAUCGAGGCCAAACAUUUCAUCUCUUUCUAUGAGGAGGAUCCAUCUCGAAAUGACUUGCUACUCAAGUUCGCGAAGCUAGAUUUCAAUCUAGUGCAAAUGUUAUACAAGCAGGAAUUGUCCCAAGUCAAAAGGUGGUGGGCUGAUUUGGACUUCGACUCAAAACUACCUCAGUUCAGGAGUAGAGUAGUUGAAGGUUAUUUCCUGGAUGUCUCAAUAUUGUAUGAACCCUGCUAUGCUGUAGGACGAAUCAUGUUCACCAAAGUACUUUGCGCCCUAUCAAUAGCUGAUGACCUCUAUAAUGCAUAUGGCACAAUGGAUGAACUGGAUCUGUACACGAAAGCAAUCGAGCGGUUUGAUUUCGAAAGUGUAGAAGGCCUUCAAGGUCAUUCAAAAGAGUGCUACAUCACUUGCCUAAAUGUCUUGCGUGAAUUUGAUGAUGAAAUUAUAAAGAUGGGAAGAUAUUAUGAUGUUUCUUAUCUUAAAGAAGUGUUCAAGGCAAACUUAAUAUGUUAUCAUAUAGAGGCCAAGUGGCGUGAGAUAAACUAUGUGCCAACAUUUAAGGAAUACUUCCCCAACGCAUUAACUUCAUCAGGCGUAUGGAUUCUGGGAGUAGCAAGUAUUCUGGGGAUGGGGCAUGUUGAUACCGUUAAAGCCUGCGAGUGGGCACUAACAAAACCAAAAGUAAUUCUUGUAGCUGAAGCAAAUGGGUGCAUCAUUAAUGAUAUAGCAGGCUUUGAGGAACAUAACAGAGCACAUGUCGCUACAUCUAUUGAUUGCUACAUAAAGGAGCAUGGGGUUUCUAAGGAAAGAGCUGUGGCCGAGUUAGAUGAAAUGAUUGACAAUACAUGGAAGGAGAUGAGUGAGGCAUGCCUAAGGCCAACGCCAGUUCCGAUGCAAUUUAUCACCGUGUUUCUGAAUUUAAUGAGAGUGUGUUAUGUUACUUACAAGGCCGGGGACGGAUAUACUCAUCCCGAGCAACAAUUGAAGGAUGAAAUCAACUUUAUACUUGAUCCUAUAGUUAUAUGAUCAUAUCUAAGGAUCCGUCAUAUAUGAAUAAUAUUGAUGAACUUCCGGUGGUGUGAUCUGUGACACGUGGAUAAUACACUGGUAGUAUUGUGUGCUAACUCUUUCUAGUUGAAUAAACCCUCUUAUUAAGGGACAUUGCUAAUGUUUGAUGAGGUUAGACCUCUUAGCACAAGGUGAAUCAUGAUAUGAUGGAGUUUGUUUUGUCAUUAUGUUUGAUUUCACAUUUUAUAUUUCACUUUUA